UUAUAAAUUAUGUUUAUGUGUUUUAGAAUAUGAAGACCGUUUGAAAAACUUAAGGGAUAUUAAAAAUGAAAUAGAAAUUGAGGACAAUGCAUUCGCUCAAGCUAUUAAAAAAACUUAUGAAGCAUCAGAAACUGCAUACAUAAGAGUUCAUGAUAAUUUUGAAAACAAUGUAAAUGAAGAGGAAUUGGAAAAUACUAAAAAUGUUGCAAUUAAAGAUUACAUAAGAAAUCAAAUGUCUAUCUCUACACUGAGAUCAACAAUACCUGAAGAAAUCCUUUACCGUAAGAAUGUUAUAAAAGAAGAAAUUUCAGCUUUAGAGGUGGCAAUUAAAUCAAUCAUCGAUUUUGAAAAAAAUAAAUGUUAUCCACUAAGUCCUUUAGAAUUUUAUGAAGUAACUUUCCUUUUACCAAACGAAGACGAUGACUGUAAGAAUUAUGAAGAAAUGAAAAUUCAAGUUGGCUAUGAAGACUUAUGCAAAAAGAUGAAAAGUAUUUAUGUAGAAGGCAACGAAAAUUCCAUGUCAUAUUUAGUUAGGUUAAAGGCACAAGGAUAUAUCGGAAUCCAUCAAACUCUACAUGAAUUUAUGUAUGCUGCUGUAAGAUUGAACGAAUAUUUCAUAAAACGACACGACAUUGUUAUUGGUAAAGAACUCAGUAGAUACAUUAUUGAUAUGGACCUUCUCCACGAACCGAGUGAAAAACAAGAAAUACAACCGAUUAAAAAUAUGCUUGCAAAACUACAAGAGGAACCGAGUGAAAAACAAGAAAUACAACCGAUUGAAGAUGAUUCAGAUAUUACAAACAAUUAACAAAUUGGUUAUUGAAAAAUAUGUGUUUCACAGAAUUUUUAAUAGAUAUUAAUACAUUUAUAUUUUAUUGAUUUGUACGCUAAUAUACGCCACUAAAAUACUAUACUAAACUAUUUGUAACUAUUUAAUCAAUAUUAAAAUUAAAAUAUAUAUAAAAGUACUUA